AAAUAUAAUGCUAAACAUUUCAAAUUUAGAAGAUCUCAAACCUCAUUACAAAUAUUAAGUGACCCACAAUACAAUUAUGACGUCUAUUCAAUAUCAAUUUGGACCAAUUUUGAAACCUGUGCAAGCAAAAGAAUUAAUUUCAAAACAAGAGAUUAUAAACCAAAAGAAAUAAAUAUUAUCAACCCUUACUAUAGUAAUGAUUGUAAACCAGAUUAUUAUAGGGCCAAUAUUAAUAAAACUUCUGUUAAUUUACUCUAUUGGAAUCAUUAA